AGGAGAACACUGGUACUGCGAGUCUAUCCCACGAACAACCACGCGGAAGUCGACUGAAAUUGACCAAUAUUGUGACCAUGUUUAUGGAGCAUGCCAGUGGUUUGAAGAGCAAGGUUGGAGUGUAAAGUCUAUCGUCUAGCUCCUCUAUCUGUUUGCGAACACUUUAGUUAGCUGUCAUUAAGAGUGGAGAAGCAGACAUGGCUUCCGAUGGCGGCUCUGCGAUGCGUCUUCUGUCCUAUGAAACACUGGUGCACGCUGUAUCCGGAGCAGUGGGCAGUGUGACAGCAAUGACCGUGUUCUUCCCUCUGGACACAGCCAGAAUUCGACUGCAGGUGGACGAGAGCCGAAAGUCCAAAUCCACUCCUGUCAUUUUGGCUGAGAUUGCAAAAGAGGAGGGCGUAAUGUCUCUCUAUCGCGGCUGGUUUCCUGUAAUCUCCAGUCUGUGCUGUUCCAACUUCAUCUACUUUUACACAUUCAAUUCACUGAAGCGGCUGAUGGUCCUGGAAAAAGGCCAGUCCAGGCCUGGCAGAGAUCUCGUCAUGGGCUUCAUCGCAGGGACGGUGAACGUGCUUCUGACUACACCCAUGUGGGUGGUGAACACUCGACUGAAGCUACAGGGAGCUAAAUUUCGGAACGAGGAUCUCCAACAGACCCACUACAAGGGCAUUUUUGACACUUUCUCCCAGAUAAUAGCCCACGAGGGGGUAGGGGCACUGUGGAACGGCACAUUCCCGUCCCUGCUGCUGGUGUUCAACCCUGCAGUGCAGUUAAUGUUCUAUGAGGCCAUGAAGAGGAGGGCAGGGCAAGGAGGACGGCGGAUUUCCUCAUUUGAGAUCUUUAUUAUCGGUGCUAUUGCCAAGGCAAUUGCAACGACGGCCACUUAUCCACUGCAGACCGUCCAGGCCAUUCUGAGGUUUGGCCAACACAAAUCACAAGAGAGGGGGGGGUUACUUUGCAGCGUGCGCAGUGUGCUGAAUUUACUGUUGGACAGAAUCAAGCGCAACGGAGUGCUGGGCCUGUACAAAGGUCUGGAGGCGAAGCUUCUUCAGACGGUGCUGACAGCAGCGCUCAUGUUCAUGGUUUAUGAGAAGAUCACAGCAGUCACUUUCAGAUUGAUGGGGCUCAAUAAGAAGCUGAGGCAUUAACAACAGCUAAGCCAUCAAACGAACCAGUUGGCCUGCUUCUUUACUACCUCUCUAACACUGCAGAUCAUUACACACAUCAACUUGAACACCUUUUCAUUUUGAUACUGUUCUCUCUCUCAAAAUAUUUGUCACAUUCACAGCCUGUUUUAGAAAUUACGUAAAAAGCUAGUUUUGAGAGCUUUUAACCCUUUUAUUCUUAAAUCUGUACGGGAUUAUUGUCAUGUACAGAAACUUUAAUUUAUAUGUCUAGAAUUGCAAUUUGUCUUAAUUGCACUCGGCUAUGAAUUUCAUCUUUACAGCAAUUUCUUUUUUAAUACGGCAUGUUUUGCUCACCGCAUGUAGAAAAACAAAAUGAUGCGUGUUAUUGUAGUUAGUGAGUCAGCUAGGUCUCAGUUGAACUCUGUACUGUGAAAUUAACAGUUAUUAACUGCACUGAUUAAUGAAUUUUAAGUGUUUACAUGGGCUUAAAAAAGUAAAACAAUUAGAGCUUUACAAAAAAACCAAAAACAUUGAUACUACUAAUUUAGUCUUUUAGUUCAUCAACAAAUUUAUCAGGUAAAAGAAGAAAAUAUUAAUAUUUUGUAAGAAUGCAUAUUAUUGUUAAAACCUAUGCCAAAAUUGCUUCAUGAAAAUAAUACACCAAUCUUAAGGUAAAUCUUUUCAGAAUUAUGUAGUACAGCAUUGGUGUAUGUGUACUUCAUGAAUUCCAGUGGCCAGUGUAACAGAAUAUCUACCUCUGUAUUUAUGAACAACUAAAGUGUCCAACUGUGUUUUAUUUGAUAUCAUUAGGAAAGUAAUCUAAAGCACGACGUCUGUGCACAGAGCUGAAAGAUGUUUGAUAUUAGAUUUGCAAGAUAAAAUCUUGACUUCAAAUACUCUGACCGUAACAAUUUGCAAGUAUUGACAAAUAUACAAUGAAACAUUUAAUAACACUGUGUGCCAGCUGUGUUUAGUCUUCUGUAGCUGGAACAAUUUAAACUAGUUUACAUUCUAAAUUAAAUCGACUGUAGUUCUCUAAUAUUUAAUUACAUUUGUUUGCUCAUUUAAAUCUGGGUGUGGUGAAUAAAAUAUAGAGUCAUGUUAAAAUACAAUUGUAGGUAGGGCGAUCUUGAAUGCCAUUGCACAUAAAUCUGAGUCUUGGCAUUUGAAAUAACUUGUUCUGUGGCUACAGAAUAAAAUCCUUAGUUCACAAAUGUUAAUUAUUUAACUUUAUUCCAGAUACACUAAUUCAGGCAUUAAAUGAAUCUGGAUGACUGUU